GGGGCUGGGACGCGGGAGGGAAGGGACCAGGGGUGCGAGUAGUUUCCCUGCUGUUCAUAAGGCUCUGAAGUUCUGCUGUGAAUAUCUUACCCUCCUCUGUAAACUUUAGAUCACAUGAACUCUAACAGUCCCGCUUUUUUUCAUUUAUCUUCUAAUUGUCAAAAUAGUCUCAUAAAAAACUACUACAGUAUUUGAAUUUAUGUAUUGAGCUUUUCAAAUUUACAUUCAUCUACGCCAAAUUUCUUGUUAAACCUCUUCGCUAUUCAAGAGAAUGGCACACAGAACUAGGGAUCGAACUCCCAGAAAAAUCUUAUGUAUUAGUCAUGAAAUGAACGCUUGCAAAUGUAAUUAAAUCAGAAAUUGUAAUUUUUACGAGUUCCAUGGGUAUGGUUGUAAACAUUAGCAUUUAAAAGCAAACCUUUUAUCUGCCACUAAAUUUUCAUCUGACACUUUGUGAUGUAAAUAGAUUAUUUUAAAAAGUGACUGUGACAGACUGGGUGACACACACAUUUAAUCCCACCACUGGGGAGGCAGAGGCAAGUGGAUCACAUUGAGUUUGAGGCCAGCCUGGUUUAUCUAAUGAGUUAGGUGUCAGCCAGAGCUUAAUGCUGAUACACAGCCUUUAAAAAUAUAGAAAAAAAAUGUGGCCAGGCAGUGAUGGCUCAUACCUUUAAUUCCAGCACUCAGGAGGCAGAGGCUGGUGGAUCUUUGUAGGCCAGCCCGGUCUACAAAAAAGAAAGGAAGGAAGGAAGGAAAGAAAGAAAGAAAAUAAAUGUGUAUUUUUGUGCUGAGUUCUUAAUGUACAACUUAGAGCCUAAAAAAACACAAUAUACUUUUUUAUUAUAUUAAAUCACAGUAUUUUCACAGUAAGAAAAGGUGUUAUAAGCCACAUGGUAGUGGUGGCACCCUCUUUCAAUCCCAGCACUUGGGAGUCAGAGGUAGAUGGAGCUGGGAGUUUCUUCCCACCCUAGUCUACUGAGCAAGUUAAAGGGUAGCUGGAUCUACACAGAGAAGCCCUGUCUUAGGGGGGAAGAAAAGGAAAAAGCAAUGAAAAUGUAUUAUAGUAUAGAAUAAUAAAGAAAGCAUCUUUUGAAUAAUUACAAUAACUCAUCUACAUCAGAAAAAAAUGUCUAGAGGAAUCUUUUGUCUUAGUCAAAGGGAAGCACUCUGUCCAUGAACACAUGAUGAAGCUGUUAUUUUUUGAUUCCUGUGUUUACUGUGUUUGAGUCCAGAAUUCAUUGUGUUGCUCUGUCUGGCCCAAACUCACCAAGUAGACCAAGCUGGCCUGGAAAACACAGAGUUCCAUCCUCCUCCAUUUCCCUAGUGCUAAGAUUAAAGGUGUUCACUGAAACAACUGUUCAAACUGUUGUUUUUUUAUUUUGUGGUCUGUUGACAGCCAGUGGUGUGACUGUGAACUUCUCCCUGGAGGAGAGGCAGUGCCUGGACCCUGCUCUGGGGGCUUUGUGCAGAGACUGGAUGUUGCAGAAUUGUAGCAGUCUGAUUUCUGUGGGCGAGAAUUGUUUGCAUGCUGUCUCCCUUGCUCCUCCUCAGAGUGUCUUUCUCUUGCUCGGAAAGCGGGUGUGCCUUUGAGAGGUGUGAGACUUUCAUCGUCUUGGGUUGAAAGACCCUCAGGACCCCCCUCAGAACCCGCAGCUGGCCUGCUCCCGUGAGAACAUCCUCUUUGCUUGAAAGACCUUCAGGACCUCCAGCCGGCAGUUCCCAUGAGAACAUCCUGUUUGCUUGAAAGACUCUCAGGAACCCCUCAGGACCUGCAGCUGACCUGCUCUCAUGAGAACAUCCCGUUUGCUUAGGAGAACAGGAUAUCUGUGGUCGGCACAUGUGCCAAACUUAGAAUGUCAGCAGUUCACAAAAGGAAUAGUCUGUCCCCUUGAGUAAUCUAACGAAAACCAGGUGGGGACGGUCAGAGACAGAAUGGAACAUCUGGGAAAUGGAAUGAACAAACAACUUUGUCCAUUGUCACUGCCUGUUUAAAAUAACCAAUGAUCUUUAUGCUCUGAAAACUGUCAUUACGUAAUCAAUUUUGCCUAUAACAGCUUGCUGGAAUUUUGACCCUGCCUGACAGUUGGGAAAACACUUCUAGAUUCCUCUCUUCAUCUACUGAGCACAGUAGAUGUGUUAGAAAUUCAGGUACUUCCUGAAGAAUCUCUUUCUCAUGUGCAGGGUUAACUGAUCACCCAGACCUGCUCACCUGUUAAGAACAAAGAGGCCAGUAAGGUGAAGAGGGAUGAGACAGUAGCUAAGAAUCGAGGUAUUUGGAAGAACUGGUAAAUGGGUGCCUGUUAGUAUUCAGAUGUACUGGCCUGCACUUGGUGUCCUGACAAGAUAGGUCUGCAGCUGCAGCCGCUAAGAGCACCUCCUAUGCACGUGCACUAUGUUCCCUUUAAAAAGGUGGGCCUUGCCCACCUCCUAUCACUUUCUCUUUCUCACUCUCUUUCACUCUCUCUUUCUUUCUCUCUGCCCCUUUAUUUUUUUCUCUCUCUCUUUCUCUCUGUCUCUCUCCCUCUCUCAUUCUUUCUCUUCCUCCACUCUAAUCCCCAGGGACCAGUCUCUGCCCCUUUCUCUUUCCCCCUCUCUGCCCCUUGUCUCACUUCUUCCAGUAAACCUCCUAUGUGAGCACCAUUGUAUGGUGUUCCUCCUUCCCACUGAUUUUUAAAUCUAUUGUAAUUACUGCAAGGGACUCAAGUGAAUGUGUGAGUGGGACAUGAGAUCAGUGUGCCACAUUCUGUGUCACUAGAAAUGAUUCUGGAGACGUCCACUGAGAAGGAUCUCAGGAUCGUCCUAUUAUAGGUACAGGAACUGGUUCUACAGAAGAAUUGAAAAUGGAGCCAGGUAAAAUUUUAUUUGAGUGUGCAUGUGAGUGAUGCUGUCCUUUUCAUUGAUGUCACUAGUCAUGUCUUCAUAACAAUAUUAAUUGGUUUUCAUUUCUGACUUUCAUGUUUUACAAAAUAAUCAAAAUUAGUACCUGUAGGUUUACUUAUUAUUUUCAGAAUCUUUUGGUAUUCUAUUACAUUCUCUACAUUUAGUGUUAAUGCCUCUGCCUGCUGAGUGCUGGGAUUCAAGGUGUACACCACCACUGCCCACCUCAUUUCCAUCAAUUUUAAGGUAGAGUUUUUCUAGAUGAAACAAUAUGAUUGACAGUGAUUUUCUCCCCAAGCUUCAAAUGUUGUUCCCUGCUCUCCUGAAUUUGGGAUUAUUGACUAGACACCUGGUCAUAUUUUGUUUCUUGGGUCUUUCCAAGUGAUUUGACAUUUUCUUUAACCACUCUCAGUGUUAAUUUUUACUUUUUCUUUUUUCCUCCUUAUAUGAAAGGCCAACAAGCCAUGUAUAUUCAUUGUUCCUAAAAGAGAAACUCAAAGAAGAGAAGCAAAAAGAAAUGGUUGAUUCUCCAGUAAGCAGGCCCCAGGGUCUGUUAACUUUCAGGGAUGUGACUGUAGACAUCUCCCAGGAGGAGUGGGAAUGCCUAGACUUUGCUCAGAGGGCUUUGUACCUUGAUGUGAUGUUGGAGAAUUAUAGCAACCUCGUCUUUGUGGAGAACUAUUGCAUAUGUGAUCUUGUCCAUCAACAUGAGAAGACUGAAAAGGAUUCUUGUCAGUGUAAUGACCUUGGCAAAAUGCUUCAUGACCUCUCUACAUGUGCACUUUAUAGAACAAGUGAAACUACAGAAAACGCUAAUAACUACACAUGCAGUAAUCACAGGGAUGCCUCCGUUGACUCAUCAAACCUAGACAGACAUGAAAGCAUGCACACUGGAGAAGACCCUUGUAAAUCUAAAGACUGUGAGAAAUCUUUAAAUUUGUGUCCCAGCAUUACUCAAGAUCAGAGCGUCUACAAUGCAGAGAAAGAGCACAGGCAGGGAGAAUGUGAUGACUAUUAUGACUCAACAUAUAGCCAUUUACAACAAACUAUCUACAUUGGAGAGAAACCAUACCAGUGUGGGAAAUGUGGGAAAUGCUUCAGUACUGCCUCAAGCCUCAGUGGACAUCAGAGAAUACAUACUGGAGAGCAACUUUUCAAAUGUGGAGAAUGUGGUAUGUCCUUUAACCACCAUACAACUCUUAGAAAACAUCAGAGAGUCCACACUGGAGAGAGACCUUAUAGUUGUAAGGAAUGUGACAAGUCUUUUUCUAGGUUCUCAUAUUUUAUAGCACAUCAAACAAUUCAUACUGAAGAGAAACCCUACAAAUGUGGAGAAUGUGGCAAAUCCUUUAUCCACCAUUCAAAUCUUAGAAUACAUCAGAGAGUCCAUACUGGAGAGAGACCUUAUAGUUGUAAAGAAUGUGACAAAUCUUUUACUACAUGCUGGGUCCUCAAAAAUCAUCAAAAAAUUCAUUCUGGAGAGAGACUUUACAGUUGUAAGGAAUGUGACAAAUCUUUUAUCAGGGCUUCCUACCUCAGAGCACAUCAGAAAAUUCAUACUGGAGAGAAACCCUACAAAUGUAAAGACUGUGACUUGUCCUAUAUUCAUCUUUCAAGUCUUAGAAGACAUCAGGGAGUUCAUACUUGAGAGAAAAAUACCAUUCGCAUAAUGUAA